CUCCUCCUCCUCUUCCUCAGUCCUGCUCCGCUCUUCUCUGCUCUGCGCUCACUGAAUCCAACAUGGAGUAAGGAGGAGAUGGGGCUCGUCCGGGGCCAUCCUCACCGACACCAGCGAGCCAUUCUCGGUCACCGCAUUCCAGCCCGGCCCGGCGGAGGAGGAGGAGGAGGAGGAGGAGGAGGAGGAAGAAAAAGAAGAGGAGGAAGAGGAAGAAAAGGCGUAGGAGGAGGAGGAGGUGGAAGAGGAGGAUGCGCCUCUUCCUCGAUGCGCUCCAGUAAUUGAGGAGUGAAAAGGAGGAGAGGAAGAAAAGCAGAAGAGGACAAGGAGGAGGAGGAGGAGGAGGAGGAGGAGGAGGAGAGAGGAGAUCCGAGAAUAUAUAACGCACACCGGGAUUCAAGAACCGGAGCAGGAGGAGAGCGGGAGAGAACCGGAUCCGCCGCUUCUUGCCGCUUCUGCCGCUUCAACAUGAAGACACCGCACCGUGCAGCAGCCGCGGAGGGAGCUUAUUAUUACCGGAGGUGAAACGGAAAAAAAUGAGCGAGGACACGCGACCAGACGAUGACAGCUACAUUGUGCGCGUCAAAGCGGUGGUGAUGACCAGAGACGAUUCGAGUGGCGGCUGGUUGGCGCAGGACGGCUGCCUGAGCAGAGUGGGCGUGUGCAGGCUGCUGCCGAGCGAACUGCUGGGACGCAACACCUUCCUCAUCCACGGAGAACGCCUCAAAGACAAGCAGGUGAUUCUGGAGUGUUUCUUAAAGAAAGAUCUGGUCUACACGAAGGCCACGCCGACGUUCCACCACUGGAAGGUGGACAACAGGAAGUGUGGUCUGACCUUCCAGAGCCCGUCCGACGCCAGAGCCUUUGACCGAGGGGUGAGGAAGGCCCUGGAGGACCUUACCGAAGGGUCAACCACGUCCUCAUCGACGCUGCAGAACGAGGCGGAGCUCGGCGAUGAUGACGUCUUCACGACGGCCACCGACAGCUCGUCCAACUCGUCCCAGAAGAGAGAGCCAGCGAUGCACACACUGGCCCCGCACAACUUCUGCGAGGCCCGUCGGCACCAUUGCAUCCUGGGACAUUUCUACGAGCACCACCGGCCCUCUGAUCACUACUUCCUGGACCAGGCGGUGCACAUGUUCCCUCGUCACGUCAGCUUCCAGGUGGAGGAGGAAGAGAUCGUACGCAUCAACCCCCGCGAGCGAACCUGGCUCACCGGCUACGGGGACUACCGUCACGCCAAUUCCACGCGUGACAAACUCACCCAGCCUGACAACCUCGUUGACGCCUACGUACACUUUGCCAAGAGCGAGCAGCCCAAACACGACUACACCUACCCGUACCCGCUGAGCUGCGACGUGCAGCGAGGCUGCAACGGCAAACCCGGUUGCCUGGAGCUGGGCAGCGGCCACAGAGCGGUGGUGACGGUGCAGCCGCGAGCCCUGCAACCCAAAGGCAAGAGGCGGAAGGAGGACGGCGAGCGUUCGCGCUGCGUUUACUGUCAGGACAUGUUCAACCACGAGGACAACGGGCGGGGCCGCUGCCAGGAAGCCCCUGACCCCAUUCAGACCUGCAUCAGGCGAGUCAGCUUCAUGUGGUGCGCGGACAGCCUGCUGUACCACUGCAUGUCGGACCCGGAGGGGGAUUACUCGGACCCGUGCUCCUGUGACACCAGCGACGAGCGCUUCUGCCUGCGCUGGACGGCGCUGGUGGGGCUGUCGCUGCUGGCACCCUGCAUGUGCUGCUACGCCCCCCUCAGGGCGUGCUACCGCUGCGGCGUGGCCUGCCGCUGCUGUGGCGGGAAACACAAAGCUGUGGGCUGAGGCAUUGCAGGCCCCGCCCCCCUCACAGAGACAGCAAGGACUCAUGGGAAACGGAGGCCGCUGUGAUUUUGUUGUAGUUGUUUGUCUCGUCUCCGAUUUCCAGAAGGAGGAGAAGAAGAACUUCAUCUCAACAGAUGG